AUGGAUUUUGACGACGAUGCUCCCCCAGAGCUCGUUGACAUUGCGGGGCUUGCAGAGGAAAACGAAGACAUUACUGUCAAAGUGCCCAUUACAAUUGUGACAGGCUACCUCGGAGCUGGAAAGACAACCCUUCUAAAUUACAUCCUCACCGCUCAACAUGGCAAGAAAAUUGCCGUGAUUAUGAAUGAAUUUGGAGAUUCGCUUGACAUUGAAAAGUCCCUUACCGUCAAUAAAGGCGACGAAAAAGUGGAAGAAUGGCUCGAAGUUGGCAACGGCUGCAUUUGCUGCUCGGUCAAGGACACUGGCGUCAACGCAAUCGAGUCUCUCAUGGCGAAGAAGGGCGCGUUUGACUACAUUUUGUUAGAGACAACUGGCCUGGCUGAUCCUGGCAACCUUGCACCUCUCUUCUGGGUUGACGACGGCCUCGGAAGCACCAUCUAUCUCGAUGGUAUCGUAACACUUGUCGAUGCAAAGAACAUCCUGAAGAGCCUCGACGACCCCAGCGGCAAGGUUGAAGGCCACGAGCAUGACGGUCACGGCCCUGUCAUGACUACCGCUCACGUCCAAAUAUCGCAUGCAGAUGUUAUUGUCAUGAAUAAGGCGGAUCUGGUCACACCAGAACAGCUUCAAAAUGUCAAGGACAGAAUCCAGUCUAUAAACGGCUUGGCAAAAAUCCAUGUCACGGAAAAGAGCGUCGUGCCGAAGCUGGAAGGCUUUCUGCUUGACUUGCACGCGUAUGACCAAUUCAACGAGCCUGAGCCGAAAACGAACGCGCACAGUCACUUGGACCCUAACCUAUCAACCAUCACGAUACCAGUAGACACGCUGAAACCGGCUCAGGUCGAGCAAGUAGACAAGUGGUUAAGACAAGUUCUCUGGGAGAAUGAGCUCCCUGGCAACAAUGAAACUCAAAGGUUUGAGAUUCAUCGCUCCAAAGGCCGGCUGAUGUUCGACAAUGGCGACAUCAAGAUGCUACAAGGGGUACGGGAAAUUUUCGAGUUGAUUGAUGCUCCAGCAAGCGAUGAACCCAGUCCCACUUCCGGAAAGAUCAUCUUUAUCGGUAGGCACGUGGCUGGGGUAGAUUUUGAGCAGAGCUUCAGGAGUGUUGUCCAUUGA